AUGGAUCUGCAGCCGGCAUGGAGCUGGAGCUCGGCUGCCGAGCCUCAGUCGGCACAAGACAUGGUUGUCAACAGACGCACCGAGCCGACGGGUCGGCAACAAGAAGCAGCCCCCGGGUCUCAUCAGGCGGGACCUCGUCAGGCGGGACCUCGUCAGGCGGAGGCGAGAAACCGUUCCUGCGGACCUCGCACGUGUCGCAUCUGCCUCGACACGGAGCAGCCAAAAUAUCCUACAGGCCUCACGUCGACAUUUGGCAUAUCGUCGGCAUCAUCUCGUCCCUCUUACAUAUCCGAUGAUCCAGAGCUCGGUCGACUGCUGUCACCGUGCCGCUGCAAAGGCUCGCAGAAAUACGUGCAUGAGGGAUGUCUCAACUCUUGGCGACUGGCGGAGCCGAUGGCGGCCAGGAAUUACUGGCAAUGCCCGACCUGCAUGUUCAACUACCGGUUGGCUCGGCUGCAGUGGGCGUCGAUGCUGAGCAGCAAGUGGACGCAGAUGGCCUUGACGCUCAGCGUCGUCGUCGUCGGCAUCUUUACCCUCGGCUUCGUCGCAGAUCCCAUACUCGAUCUUUGGCUCGACCCUGUCGGCACCAUCAGCGAUACCGUCACCGGCGUCGUUUCCGAUGCCGGAACCAGGCAACCCCUGAUGCAAGGGGAAGCGACGACGUGGGCGGAGCACUUUGCGAAGGGAUUCUUCUCCCUCGGCCUGGUCGGCUUUGUCAAAUCCGUCGUGGCCAUGGGUCCCUGGCAUUGGUUGAACCUUCGGUCAAGCGGCUUGAUGGGCUCGGGGCGUCGCCGGGGCACCGGCCGUGCGAGGAUGGACAACUUCAACCUCCUCUUCGUCAUGAUUGGCGCCUUCACCUUCAUGAUGGCAAUAUGGAAGGUCGUCAAGGCCCUCUCGGCUCGCGUGCUCCAAAACGUCAGCAACAAAGUGCUCGAUGUUGGUGCCGAAGAUGACGACGGCGAAGCGGGCGAGGAGGAAGCGACUGUCGAGGGUGAGAAGCAUCAGUGA